UAACCCCAGCAUGGUCUUAUUUCUUAAUAAAGCCGUUUUCAACCCGCCUAUUGAAGAAGCACAUUUAAAUAAUCAGCGGUUAUUCUCCACUUUCAAUUUUUAACUUGCAUAAAAAUUAUAUUCUAAUAACUCGUCAAUCAAACUAGAAGAAUCAACUUCAUAGGAUUUGGAUGUUUUGUUUGAUUUCAGUUUUUUUUUUAGAUUUUUCAAAGUUUUUUUUUCUCCUGAAGAUAGAAAAUUUUUUCAAAUUUGGAUAUAUUGAUAGAGUGCGAAGAAAUACAAGCUUGAAAUUUUGAUAAAAGACCAAAUAAAGGUGAAUAAGAAAAUAAGGAAUAACCGAAUCAAAUGAAUCAACUUUUCCUGCUAUGCAGUGUGAUAUUGCUGGCUCAACUCAUUAUUAGUGUUGGCAGCCGUACACCAUACUAUCAAGGAUGUCCUAUGGCAUAUCAAAGGUUUAGUUACCAUCAUACGGCUUGCAGACCUCCUAAUCCAAGAUGUACAAUUUAUUCUCGUGGUAUCAGCAAGUAUGAAAAAGACUAUAUACUUUGGAAACAUAAUUAUUUAAGAAGUUUUGUUGCUCAGGGAUAUGAGCGUACAAAUAACCAACCAACUGCGGCAAACAUGAUGCAAAUGGUUUGGGAUGAAGAACUGGCAGCAGUUGCUCAAAAACAUGCUGAUCAAUGCAUAUUUCAACACGACUGUCCAGAUUGCAGAUCAGUCGAUGCUUUCUCUGUUGGUCAAAAUAUAGCAACUAGAGCAAAAACUGGAAAUACUUUGCCAUCUUCAGACUGGGAUCAAACCAUUCAAAGUCUUUACGAUGAAGUUAAAGAUUUCUACCCUAAAUGGAUUAGUCCUUUCAGAGCUCCAAAAUAUCCUAUGACAGGUCAUUAUUCACAAGCAAUGUGGGCUACGACGUGGAAGGUUGGAUGUGGAUAUACUGUUCACAGUUACUCUAACGAUCCAAGGUUUCAAUAUGUUGAAUUAUACACCUGCAAUUAUGGACCAACGGGAAACUUGUACAUGCAAGAUAUGUACAAAAUUGGUUCGCCGUGCAGUCAGUGUCCAGAUAAUACUUGCUGUGGUAGAGAAUGUGAGAUGAUUGGCGUUCGUUCUGAUUAUGAAGGCCUUUGUAAAACAGUGAACUCUUAUGGACCUCAGCCAGACUUUCCACGUGGUAAUGUUUACUACUGGUGCAAUUUUAGACAUCCGAACACAGAAUGGUGCGAGUUUGUUAUUGAAGGAGCUCGGCAGUGGAAAAGUAGAAAAGUAGGCACAGGAUCAUAUGCUGCAGUUGUACUUGAUGGCGGACAAACUUCAACUUUACAUUUUACUCGAGAAGCAGACUUUUCUAAGCAUACAUGUUUUCAAAUAGAAUACAGAAAAGGACCUCACGUAGCUGGACAAAGAUCUAGUAAUCAAUUAAGUGCAGUUUUUAGAAGUGCAAUAGCACAAGGAUAUUAUUAUUUGAACAUUACAUCAGAUGCUAAGGACUGGACAUCAAUAGAAAUGCCAAUAUCGUGGUGGGGUGGACCAAGUUUAAUGUCCGUAUCAUUUGCUGUCCCGUAUGGAUAUCCGCCACAAUUUUUAGAUGUCCGGCAAAUAACAGUCAGUGAUGGACAAUGCAGUAAAAAGGCUUAUUAUGGAUAGGAAAGGAAAAAUCUCAUAUCAUUCAACUCUGGUCCAAUCUAUCAUUAGUGGAGGAAUUCGGGAAUAAUGUUAUUUAUAUUUAAAUCUCAAAAAUAAAAUAUUAUUUAAUUCAUGGUACA